UCCACAAACUCGGCGAUUUGCUUUUUCCAAUUUCUGCUUCGUGACACUAAUCUGUUUUCCUGUGCACGUCUGACGUGGAAAUUGUAGCAAAUUUUCGUGAAUCCGAGCGAUACGCUGGUUGUUUGAUGCAUUUAUUGUUGCUAAUUAUGCUGUAAAGUUUGUAAAUUUGUGUUGAAGAAGUGCUACGUUACGUUGGGUAAACUGGGUUCUGUUUUUUUUAAUAAAAAAAAAAGGUGAGAAUCUGCUUUGAAAUAGGUUGAGUUGUAGAGCAGAAAAUGAAUCCACAAAUGACAUCUUAUGGGCAAGCUCAGCAAGGUUGGCCACAACCUGGAGUUGGUCAAGGGCCUCCGCCACCAAUCAAUGGAGCUCCUCAGAAUCUUUCUAAUCAAUUUGGCAACAUGUCGUUGGGUGGUCCACCGAAAGCUAACGGUCCUCCAUUUCCGAAUCCUUCGGCUGUGGGUCGUCCACCUUCCGGAAUAGCUCCUACACCGGGAGGAUUUCCACCAGGGCCUCAAGCACAACCACCCAUGCAAAACGGCCCUGGUCAAGCAGCAGCACUCAACAGGCCACCUGCGCCCAUGGGCAUGUCCAAUGGACACCAACAAAUGCCACCGAGCCAACCAAGUAUGCAGCCACCUCUUAUGGCCACUGGUGGUCCCCCAGCCCCUGCUGCUGUACAGUAUCCUCCAUCGGCUGCAGGUCCACCAAGACCUCCAAUGGGUCAACCUCAAUUCGCCCCUCAACAACAAAUCCCACAACAACCUUCCUAUCCCCAACAACCCCCUCAACAACAGCCCCAACAGCAAUUCCUUCCACCUCAACCGAUACCGCAACAACCACAACAGCAACAAAUGUACCCUGGAGCUGCACCACAAUCAUUCUCCGGUGGUCAACAACAAGCUCCACCAUCAUUUCCACCAGCUGCACCGAAUCAGUAUCCACCGGGUUCGAUGCCACCUGGUGCCCCUGGUCCAGUAGGAAUGCCACCGAUGCCUGGCGGGCCAGCAGGAGUACCGGUAGCAGCCGGUGGAUAUCCACCGAAGCCGUACCCUCCGCAACCGGGACAAAUGCAGCCCCCGAUGCCGACGACCGGGCUGCCCCAUAUGCCCCCUCCCCAUCCGGCCGGCUAUCAGGUAAGUUUUUCAUAAAUUCGUCAAUCUAAU